UAUUUUUUAUUUAUUUUUUAUCAUCAACAAUGUCAAUGUAUAUACAAUACAAUAACCUCAUAUAUGGAAAGGAAAUCGUUAUAUUCAAAUACUAUAAGAUAAGUAUAAUGAUCAAAUCCUGAGAAAUACUAAUACCGGACACAUUCAAUAAGAACUUCAGUGCACACAAUUCGUCUUCCUCCCACAAUAACGAGAGACAAUUAAUGGCUGCAGACAUCAUCUGCGAAAACCUACCCAAUCUUGUAUCAUCAUUCGUGGAUACCUUCGUUGACUUCUGCGUAACCGGGACCUUUUUACCCGAUCCUCCAUCUCCUCCCUUUACUCAAACCUUCUACCCUUCUCCUAAGCGUCUAACAGCCAUAGGCGAUCUCCAUGGCGACCUCCAUAAAUCCAAACAAGCUCUCCGCCUCGCUAGUCUCAUCGACUCCGAGGACCAGUGGUCUGGUGGCAACACCACUCUUGUACAAGUCGGCGACGUCCUCGAUCGUGGUGGACAUGAACUCAAAAUCCUUUACUUUCUCGAGAAACUAAAACGACAGGCUGCUAAGGUCGGCGGCAAUGUCAUCACCUUGAAUGGCAAUCACGAAAUCAUGAAUAUUAAUGGUAAUUUUCGGUGUACUCAUCGAUCUUAUGUUGAUGAAUUCCAAAACUGGGCAGAUUGGUUUACUACAGGCAACAACAUGAAGCGAUUAUGCGAUGGAUUAAAGAAACCUAAAGAUUUAUACGAUGGGAUUCCUUCAAGUUUUCCUGGCAUUAAAGAAGAAUAUGUAAAUGGGUUUAGAGCCAGGAUUGCUGCAUUGAGACGUCAGGGUCCUAUAGCAAGUAGGUUUUUGUCAAAAAACUUGACUGUGCUUGUUGUAGGGGAAUCCGUGUUUGUUCAUGGAGGGAUAUUACCCCACCAUGUAUCUUAUGGAUUGGAACGGAUUAACGAAGAGGUGAGGGAUUGGAUUACUGGUUUGAGAGAGACUGUAUCAUCGGAUAUAGUUAAUACCGAGAAUUCAGUUCUUUGGUUACGAAAAUUUUCUAACAAAGUGGUUAAUGAUUGCGACAGGAGUAUGCUGGAACAUACUCUUGCGACAAUUCCAGGUGCAAGGAGGAUGAUCAUGGGUCAUACUAUUCAAAAGGGUGGCAUAAACGCAGCUUGCAAUAACAAAGCGAUAAGGAUUGAUGUUGGUAUGUCUAAUGGGUGCAUUAACGGGCUGCCUGAGGUUCUGGAGAUUAGUGAGGAUUCUGGUCUGCGAAUCUUAACAUCAAAUCCAGUUAAGAAGAGGCGUGAUUUGAAGGUCCCUGUGCAGCAAGAAACACGAGUACCGGGGAAAUGCAAGUUGUGGCUUAAGCCUAUUUCUAUUUGAUUACAAUUGAAUUUUUGCACUCAAGAUGUACAUAGUGGUAGUUGUUAACUAAAUGACUUCUAGACCAACAAUAUUUGGUGUUGUCCUCUCUUCUUGAGGUUGAGGAUUCAAGUCUCGUUAGAGAUAUAUACGAACUUAGGAGUAAUAUAAUAGGAGUAGGUUAGAUUUGUUAUUUAAAAAAAAUAAUAAAAAACUAGAAAAACCAAACCACUUGGGUUGUGCUGACUUGGUAAGACAUGAGGAAGAUAUGAUGAAUAACCUAUUGACCUAUGUUCAAAUCUUGACACUGCUCAGCCUCUAUGGUCAUCGAUGUUCGUCUGCAGUGACUCCAGGGCAUGAGACAUAGUCUCAUGUUCGCAGCGGGGGAUUAGUCGGUGCGCGAAGACUGGCCAGGAAACCGGAAACCCUCGUCAGGAUAGUUCCC